AUGUCUUUCCUAGCAAAAAAUAAAAAUGAUAUAAUUUAUGUGUCCCUUUUGCUAUUCAGUGUUGCGAUAAGUCCAUACUAUCGUUCUGUAACGUCGAUACAAAUAAAAAAAUGGGUUGGUUCACUUAUAGGUAUUCUAUUGAUUAUUAUUGUAUCCGGAUACAAUUCAUUGCACCCCAUAGUAUCUGGUCUGCUUGGAAUUGGAGCUAUUAAGCUGUUUACAGUGAAAUACUGCCAUACAGUGACUUUUUUCUUUAUGUUUGGUCAUCUUUUCUUCUUCCGAUUGGCAGACAACUUUGGUCUUCCACUCCCCUCGGGCCAGACAAAUCUAAUUCAGAUGAUUAUAGUGUUCCGUGUAGUCGGAGUCGCAUUUGACAUUAAUGGGUCUUGGCUUGCUAUAGCAAAAGGAAAGAAAAAUGAAUAUAAAGACAAAACAGGUCGCUAUAGCCAGGACAGGGAUGAUGACUUUUUAGAAAUUAUUCAACCCAGCGUUGUGGAUAUAUUUCACUACACUUUUAAUUAUAUUGGUUUAUUAACAGGUCCCUAUUAUACAUACAGAACAUUUGAUGACUAUUUCCAUCUGCCAUUUAGCAAGUGUGUUGAUUGCUUUGGUUUUACGAUAAAUACAUUGAAAGGUGUUCCUGUCUUCAUUUCUCUUUAUUUGGCCCUUUCUAAUAUUUGGCCUUUGGAGUACAUCUUAACGGAGGAACAUCACAACCGCAACUUUGUUUACCGUAUGUUUUACCCAUGGAUUCUAUUCGCCGCGUUCCGUCAGCGCAUUUACUCAGGCAUGACGUUGGCGCAAAGUGUCUGCACAGCUGCUGGUCUUGGAGCAUAUCCAGUUGAAGGUCGCAAUAGAACUUCGCAUGGUCCUACUGUUGGGUACUUGAAAUUGAAACAAAUGUCAGAGGAACAAGCAAAAAAUGUUCAAUAUGACUUCAAAACAGUAGAAUCAAUGGACCUGUGGGGUUGCGAAACUUGCAUUACCAUGCGUGACUCCAUGAAAGUGUGGAACAAGGCAGUGCAAUAUUGGGUUGCUACGGUGGUUUACAAACGGUUCCCUUUCACGCCAUUGAAAUUACACGCGGCGCUCUUCAUUUCUGUGAUCUGGCAUGGUUUCCACCCUGGAUACUUCUUCUGCCUUUACUUCAAUCCAUUCUAUCUGUUGGCCGAAGAUAUUUAUUACAAACUGUACUACAAGGACGCAACUGGGGCCAAAAAGAAAAUCGUCGGUUUCAUAAUGUGGUUCCUUCGCUCACAUUCAGAAUCCUACCAAGCAGCUGCAUUUUUGUUACUCACGUUUGACCGUAUUUGGAUAUAUUAUUCAUCUAUGUACCACUAUUGGUACGGAGUUUGGCUAGUGUUCCUUAUAUUAGGAAUAAUAUUAAAGCAAGUACACAACCUGAAAAAGUCUAAGAAAGAUUCAGUUGAAACAAAGAAAGAUAAAGUCAAUUAAUUAAGCAGGCAAGGCAAAGAACAUACAGUUUCGCCGGUUAUAUAGAAACGAAGUUGGUAUUCUAAUUAUGAGGGAUAUGUUAGAUUAGUGGUAGAUAUGAAAGAUUAUAUACAUUUCCAGAACUAAUUGACAUUACAUUCUCAACUUCAGACUGGCUCUCAAAUUAGAUGGUUAGGCAUUUCGAUGCCUUCCUAGAUUAGUGAUUUCCUAAUGCUGCAUUUUAUACAGUUAAAUCUAGUGUGUACCAUACCAAGUUUAACGUAGAAUGUAUAGAAUUUCAUGACAAUUUUAUUUAUUUAGUGGUAAAUAAAAUAAUAUAUAUAAUAAAACAAUAUUUGUUUAGUGGUAAAUGUAUAUGUACGAGUAUAAUAUGGUAAAGGGCAACGACAAGUUUGGAUUGUGGAAUGGUAUGACAAUAUUUAUUCAGAGUUUUGUUUCUCAUGUUUCUGUGUGGUUUUGAUUAUAAUCACAAGUUGCUCAACCUGUAAAUUUUUACUAAAACAAAUUAUAGUGGUAAAUCUAGUAAAAUAUGAGUAUGUAUAAUUUUUUUUUUCUAAUAUCGCCUGCUUAAAGGUGACAC